AUGGCUUCCACGAACAACAUUCACCAACAUAAUGGCUUCUCCCCUAGCCACUCAAAUGUGUCCAGUGCCAAGGGAUCCGACCUAAUAGUCCUGAAAGUUGCAUCGGUACUUUCUACAUCCUACUCCGAUAACGAUUUUCGCGAUGCCAUCCUCCUCGCCGAUCAACGGUCUGUGGGAAGCAAUGGCAAGAACAGGCGCCAACUUCGACUGGACCUCCUAGGAGAAGCAAUUGGCUGCAAUGGCGAAAUUGUUGGAGAAAUGGGCUUGGUCGCGGAGCGACUAAAACUUGUUCGAGGAGUAGUUGAAAGAUUGAAUUCCCGGAUUCAAGACAUGAAGCGUCAAAUCGACUCGGCCCAUGACCAAACAACGCCGGCUCUCCGAGGGAUGGCAUCACUUUUCGAGCAACGAUUGGCUAUAGAGAGAAAGCAAGAGAUUCUUGGUGCCAUUGAGAGCUAUUUCGUCAUGACGGACGACGAGAUCGAGUCGCUAACUUCAACUAUGAUACCGGUUGACAAUUCGUUCUUCUCUAGUCUCCAGAAAGCUAAACGAAUUACUCUUGGUUGUGACAUACUUCUAGGCUUUGAAAGCCAGACCCUUGGCCUGGAAUUGAUCGAAAGGACAUCCGUACAUGUAAACAUGGCUUUCCAAAAGCUUUACAAAUGGGUGCAACAGGAAUUCAAAACUUUAAACCUAGAAAAUCCUCACGUCAAUCCCUCUAUGCGACAAGCUUUACGGGUCCUUGCGGAGCGGCCCUCUCUUUUUCAGAAUUGUCUAGACUUGUUUGCAGCAUCCAGAGAACGGUCUCUAUCCGAAGCCUUUCACUGCGCCCUCACCGGUGUUACACCACAAGGCACUGAAGACGCCUCGAUCAGGCCAAUCGAUUUGACAGCACACGAUCCUCUCCGUUAUGUAGGCGACAUGUUUGCCUGGGUCCAUUCUGCCACUGUGGGCGAGCGGGAAGCGCUUGAAACUCUGUUUGCUGGUGGCAGAGACGAGACGCUUUAUGCAUCAACAUCAAGUCCAAAUGCAGCGCGUUGGAAUCUUCCCGUGGACGAGGGACUCGAAGGCAGUGAUUUCAGGGUUCGAGAGGUCGUCGGACAACUCAUGGACCGUAACUUCCUACCUGUUGUUCGGAUACUACGUCAACGUGUCGAGCAGGCCAUCCAGUCCAACGAAGACGUCAUCCCUGCCUAUAAGAUCUCAACGCUCCUCAGCUUCUAUCGGGCGACCUUUGAGAAGCUUUUAGGCGUGGGGUCUAGCUUAGAAGAAUGCACGGGAGGUUUGGAGAAAGUGGCAAAGCGUCAAUUUCGAUCUCUUGUCAGGGAUAACAUCUUAUCCAUCCAAGCAGAGUUCCAGCAAGUCCCUUCGAACUUGGAGCCUCCCCGAUUUCUCCAGGAUGCUUUCAAGCAGCUGGGUGCCAUCCUCCAGAUUUACGAAUCCUCUCUGUCUGCUUCAGAAGACUCUGGAAGCGAGAUUCAGGGAAUACUGUCAGAAGCUUUUGAUCCAUUCAUGUCUGGGUGUGAGGAGAUAGCGAAACCCAUGACAUAUCCUGAAGGAGGAAUCUUUCUCGUCAAUUGCAAACUUGCCGCAGCUCAUUGUCUUGGCAGCUUUGAAAGCACGAUUUUUCGAGCUACUCAAAUUCGAGACGACAUUGCACAAGACGCUCUGAAACUGAUCGAUGAUCAGCAUGCUGUCUUCCGCCGGAAAUCGGGCCUGGAUACCCUGCUGAAGAAUCUGGAUGAUGGUGAACAGGUUGACGUGAGCCAGGCGUCCGUUAGUCGAGCAAGUCAAGAGUUGGACGACUUCCUCCCUUCCGCGUUGAUGGAUGCAAUGGAUAGAUUGAAGGGGCUACAGGAUGCGGAGAUGGCCCGAGAAAUCAUAGAACAAGCAGCUGAGAGGUUCUGUACUGAUUUCGAGAGGCUGGAGGAAUUCCUUGCAAACCAGAAGAAUGGCGAGGAUGCUUCUAAUUCAGAUGGAAGCUUGAGUCUCUCAAGGACAUCGGCCGAGAUCCGCGUGCUCUUGUCUUAG